GCCAAGUGGAAAAAUGAAACCCCUUGGUGGAGUCUUCAAGGAUUUUGUGUUCAAGGCGAUGGGUUUUAUGAGCUCUUGUUUGUGCUUCAUCAGUUCAUGGCCAUGGCGGAUCCGGGGCACAGAGAGCGGUCCCUUGGUUCUGUGGCUGUUGUGGGAGCUGGCGUAAGUGGUCUAGCAGCAGCGCAUCGCUUAAGAUCUGCAGGGGUUGCAGUCACUGUUUUUGAGGCUCAAAAUGCAGUCGGUGGGAAAAUACAGAGCUUCUCAAACGAUGGUCUCAUCUGGGAGCAGGGACCCAACACUAUGGAAAGCAAUAUACGAGUGUGAAUGUUGGUUUGCUGAGGCAUGUGAUUAACUCCUAAGGUUCAGACCAGUGUUUUCAAAACUGUUGAGACUGAACCUGAAGUCUCUUCUUUGAUUGAUGAACUUGGAUUGAGGGAGAAGCAGCAAUGGCCCGUGAUGCAGAACAAGCGUUAUGUUGUCAGGGACGGGAAGGCAGUACAGUUGCCUUCUAAUCCUUUGGGUCUUAUUACUACUAAGCUUCUUUCUGCUCAAGCCAAGUGUCAAAUUUUGUUAGAGCCAUUUCUUUGGAAGCGUAAAGAAGUUCCAUUAAAAGAAGCAGCCAAUGGAAGAGAGAAGUCUCAAGACGAAAGUGUUGGGAAUUUUAUAACGAGACAUUUCGGUCGUGAGGUGGUGGAUUACCUUGUGGAUCCUUUUAUAGCAGGGACCAGUGGCUCAGAUCCUGAUUCUGUCUCUAUCCGCCAUACAUUUCCAGAUCUUUUUGCAAUAGAAGAGAGGUAUGGAUCGCUCUUAAUCGGUGGAGUGAAGUCAAGUUUCAAGAAGAAAAGUGGAUCAAAGAAGGAAAGUUUCAAAGUGCAAAGUGACUCUGCGAAGGUCACUCCAGCUCAGAAGCGGCCUCGAGGUUCAUUUUCAUUCGUUGGUGGUAUGCAGACACUCGCUCAUGCACUUAGCGAAAGACUUGAUGAGGAAAGCCUGGAAUUGAACUCAUCUGUCUUAAAUCUUGCAAGCGAUCAGCAAGGAAACCCCUCAAGGAACAACUGGACGGUGACAUAUAAGAAAGAGAAUUCGCAGCAGAAGGAGAAGCACUUCGAUGCAGUGAUUCUGACUACCCCGUUGCAUAACUUGCAAGAAUUAGGAAUCGAGAAGAACGGGAUACCAUACGCUCUUGACUUCAUUCCAGAGAUCGUGUAUCAGCCCAUGUCAGUGAUUGUGACUGCCUUCAAGGAAUCUGAUGUCAAGAAUUCACUGAAAGGAUUUGGUGUACUUGUUCCUCGAAUGGAGAAAAAGAAUGGAUUUUUCACUCUUGGUACAAUGUUUUCAUCAUCUAUGUUCCCAGAUCGUGCCCCACCUGGUCAAGUGGUUUUCACUACUUUUGUUGGAGGAAGUCGAAACAGAGCCCUAGCAUCUGCUCCGUUUGAGGAGGUGAAAGCUGUGGCUUUGGAAGAUCUGCGGAAGAUUGUCGGAGUUCAAGGUCCUCCCGUGGCUGUAAAGCAUAUUUUUUGGAAGCAAGCUUUUCCACAAUACAGUCUGGAUUACAAUGAAUUUCUGAGUUCCCUGGAGAAAAUGGAGAGUGACCUUCCUGGGCUUUUCUACGCUGGUAAUCACAGAGGGGGUUUGUCUGUCGGCAAAUCAGUUGCAAGCGGGUGCAAGGCUGCUGAACACGUCUUGUCUAUGCUUGAAGGCACGGGUGGUCGGAAGAUCUUCACCAUGGCCAGCACUAAGUAACUGCACCUCUGUGUAGACCCCUCUGCGAAAUUUGACAGGCGCCCACUCAACCAAGGAAAUUAAUGCAGAGGUAUUCAUGAAAGCCUACCAGAAUUGGCAAUGGGCAAGCCUCGGUGUGUGAUGAGAAAACUUUGUAUUCAGAUGAGAAAGCUUUUUAAUGAAUGACGUUCUGUUGGCCCAGAAACAUGAACGCAAUGAAGAUUUCCAAGCAAUCUUAUGCUUACACUUAUGCUUAUUUGGGUGCCUUGUAAUCAAUUCAAAUACAAAAUUUACCA